AUGCAAAAAAUAUUGGAAGACAUGAGCCAUAAUAUUUACAUACAGGAAGUGGAGGCUGAGAGGGGAGCCUGGGGCGGCAAGUUGGAGUUCAUCCUGACGUGCAUCGGAUCGGCUGUGGGACUUGGGAAUGUUUGGAGGUUUCCGUACUUGCUGUUCAGAAGUGGUGGAGGAGCUUUCCUGAUUCCGUUCGUGAUCAUGUUGUUCCUCAUUGGCAUUCCAUUGUUCUUUCUUGAUAUAUCUCUGGGUCAAUUUGCUAGCUUGGGCCCGUUGGCAAUCUUUCGAAUGAGUCCGAUUUGGAAAGGUGUAGGGUUCUCAAUGAUCUUCACCAACUUGAUAUUGAUAAUGUACUACAACGUGAUCAUAAGUUGGUGCAUGUACUUUUUGUUCGCCUCCUUCACGAACCAUCUACCUUGGCAAAGCUGCGGCAACAUGUGGAACACUCCACUCUGCACCACAUCUGAAGAGUUUAAAAAUUUAACCAGCUCUGGAAAUGAUUCGUUCAUCAUGAAAGAAAAUUUAAGCCUAUCCAGAUCGGAGCUGAAAACACCGAGCGAGGAAUAUUUCUAUCGUAAAGUGCUUCAGAUGUCUGAUGGUCUUGAUCACCCGGGCACGAUCAUCUGGCAACUUGCUCUCUGCCUCUUUCUUGCCUGGACGAUUGUCUUCCUCGUCAUCAGCAAAGGAAUUGCUUCGCUCGGAAAGGUUGUUUACUUUUCGUCUACCUUCCCUUACGUGCUGCUGACCAUCAUGUUGGUCCGAGGUGUCACAUUGGAAGGCGCCUUGAAAGGAAUCAAAUUUUACAUGCUCCCAGAUUUUUCUCGGCUUUCAGAUUUAAAAGUAUGGAGCGAUGCGGCCACUCAAAUGUUCUAUGCUCUCGGCUCAGGCUCAGGUGCUCUGAUCGCCAUGUCCAGUUACAACAAAUUCAACAACAAUACAUUGAGAGAUGCGUUAAUCGUGCCAAUAAGCAACGUUCUGACGAGCAUCUACGCAGGAUUCGUCAUAUUCUCAGUGCUGGGCUACAUGGCUGAAAUGAAGGGCGUGGAGGUGAAGGAUGUUGCUGCCGACGGACCAGGGUUGGCAUUCGUGGUGUACCCUGAGGGAUUGAGCACUCUACCAGCCGCUCCCGUUUGGAGCAUUCUCUUCUACAUCAUGAUGCUUGUACUUGGAUUCAGCACAAUGUUUGGCAUGACGGAAUGUUUCUUCAUCGCCUUCAUGGACGAGUUUCCACUGUUGCUGAGGAAGUCUGCGGAGAGAACCUACUUGUUCAGAGGUCUUGGCAUCCUCCUAUUCUAUCUUAUAUCACUUCCAAUGGUUACUAAUUGUGGCUUUUAUUUGUUUUCCAUCGUAGACUCGUUCAUUGGAAGCUUCACGUUCAUCUUCAUCUGUGAAUUUGAACUGUUUGUCGUCAUGUUUUUUUAUGGUUACAAAAAUUUUGAAUCCGAUCUAUCAAUGAUGCUGGGCGACAAAAGAUGGUUGUUCAUGUUCUUCCGAGUUACCUGGUGUUUUGUCACACCAGCAAUCAUUCUGAUAUCCAUCGUAGCAACUGCAAUAAGUUAUAAGCGGCCCACACUCUUCAACGAAACAUACACCUUUCCUGUCUGGGGGGAGGCUAUAGGCUGGCUGGUCGUCGCUUUCUGUCUCUUCUUCAUUCCAGCUUACUUCUUUCUUUAUUGCAGGAAAGAUUUCAAGAAGUCGUUAAGGAAAGGGAUAACAUCAGAGUUAUCUUGGGGACCGGCUCUCUACAUCAACCGAACAGGCAGGUAUGAGAAGACGAGACGCAUGACGAUCAACAGUAUCGUGACUGACAUCUGUACAACUGUCACCAUCGAUAACAUCACUGAUCAGAGCAGUGUUAGUAACAAGAGCUUCAAAGAAGACACUGUUGAACAUAUGUGAACGGGUCCCCUUUGCCAGUUCAAGGAAUAUUUUAUUCAUAAAACAAUGUCUAUUUAUUUCAAACUUUAUCUAUGAAACUUUUGUUUGCAACAAAAUUUUUAUAUCGUGUUUAUUACAUCCGUAAAAUUUCAAAGUAAACCUAAUUUUCGGUUUUUUAAGAAA